AUGAUUAGUGAUGGGUCCCUCAACAAAGAAGUGCAAGAAUGGGGAGACGAAGGUGAUGAUAUGAGGGUGGAUAACGGUUUAGAUGUUACGGAUAUCGCCGAAACGGACUUGCAAACCAAACUGGCGAUCGAAAAAGAAAGGAUGCAACAACUGUUGAACAUUUUCAACUUGCAGAGCUUGGGCAAGUGGCUCGCAUACAGGAAGGUGUCCGAAUACCACUGUCAGGAGGUGAAAUACAACAUUGCGCAAGCGCUCCUGCAAUUUCCGAGUUUUGAUCUCCGAGCAACUGACGACAGUAGUAUCGGCCUAGAGUGGGUGAAGUGGGUUGAACGGUUUGAGAACUUCAUCCUAGCGUGCGACAUCGAGGAGGAUGUGCGCAAGAAAGUCCUUCUCCUUCACUACAUGGGAAAGGAAGUGUACGAUAUUUUUCGAUCCCUCCCUGAGGCCAACACGCGAAAUGCAUCCAUUGCAUCCACCACCAUUGAGGCGGCAUCUAUGGAAUCGCAGGAAACCACAUCAGAAUAUGAGGCAGCAAAGGCUAAACCUGACCCUUAUUUUACCCCUCAAGUGAAUCCGACCUUCGCCAUUUACCGUUUUCGGCAGGAAAAGCAAAACGAAGGUGAGAGCUUGGACACAUUUUACACGUGUCUUCGACAGUUGUCACGCCAUUGCAACUUAACAAACGUAGACUUCGAAAUCAAGAACCAGCUAAUUCUUACAACGACAUUGUCUCGUCUUCGAAAGUAUGCGAUGCUCCACUCCCUUGAUCUGGCGGACAUACUCAAACAAGGUCGAUCGUUCGAGGACAUAGAACGUGACGUGAUGGAAAUUGAAAGAAACCCUGAUAACAGUGCACCAGUGCAUCGACUAGGCAAGCGAGAUCAGCAUCAGGCAAAGAAACCUAAUCAAAAGACAAAGGCAGGAUCACAGCAAGAUACUACUACAGGGCCUAAGAGCUCGUCGAACGAAUGUCACAACUGUGGUGGAAGAUGGCCUCACGACGGUGGCAAAACAGGAUGUCCAGCAUGGGGGAAAACAUGCAAUAGCUGCCACAAAAGCGGUCAUUUCGCAUUUCGCUAA